GUCCAGCGUAACGUUAACCUACUAUGUGUGCAUGAGUGUAUGAGAGAGCUCGAGCCUUGUUUACAACGUCAAUUCAACGGAUUCAGACUACAGGAUUUAAUCUACAUCACUCACAUUUCCUAAAUCAACACAGAUGCGACGCUGCAUACAUCAUCUGAUCCAUAUCCCGCCUUCUGAUGGUGAAAUGAAGCUUUAAAAUCUCAGACUGCGGAGGGAGGGUGGGAGGCACAGAGACCAUUUUUAGGCACGGACGGAUAUUAUUUGGCAUCUUUCUGAGUUUCUUCGCCGAUUUUAGGCCCUUAUCACACGCUGGAUGAGAGUUAUAACGAUCCCCGAAGAUCUCACGCGUCCUGUGGGUUUAAGUCAGCGGAUCUAGACGGGUUUCACAGGAACACCGCCGAAAAGCCAAAGCCAGUCAACAACAAGGGGACCCACAACGUGUUUUUCGUAUUUUUCCGCACGAGAUGGAUUAUGGAAAUGCGUUUCCGCGGUUUAUUUCUGCAUAUUUCACCGAGUGGAGGGUCUCAACAAUAAUAGUGAAUAGCACAAUAAUCUGCGCGGUCGAAUCCACCUCAUGGUGAAGCCGGAGCGGACUGCUGCUGGAUCGCCCGCCGGGGCGUCUGGACGUUCACGUGUCCCAACACACGGCAACAUGAGAUACAUUGCUAAUAUUUAGAUAUUUCCAGCUAAUAUAGGAUUAUUUUUAACGUCUUUCACGAUAAAGCACCGAGCUGGAUAAACUGUUUUGGAUGAAAACGGCAGUUUUGUACCGGAGAGACUUCGAGCACUAUUCACUUUAAACGCGGUCUCGCGCUUUCUUAAAUGACUUUUUCACAGGAGCGUUCGCCUUGUUUUUGUAUAGGUAUGAGGUCUGGCAAACAGAGGACACACUGGACCUUGUUAUGUGGUCUGGUGCUGGUCCUCUCUUCCCUGUGCUAUGGAGAAAUCUGUGGUCCCGGCAUUGACAUUGGUAAUGACAUCAGUAAUUUUAAGCUGCUGGAGAACUGUACGGUGGUUGAGGGCUACCUGAAGAUCCUUCUCAUCGGCGACAAAAACAAUAAGAACCAAGAGGUCUUCCGCACCCUUAGUUUCCCCAAGCUGACCGUCAUCACGGAAUACCUUCUCCUCUUUCGCGUUGCCGGUCUGGAGACUCUCAGCACGCUCUUCCCUAACCUCGUUGUCAUUCAGGGGCGCGACUUGUUUUACAACAACGCUCUGGUCCUAUAUGAGUUGACCAGCCUGAAGGACAUCGGCCUGUACAACCUGCGAAACAUCACGCGGGGUGCCGUACGGAUCGAGAAGAACCCUGAGCUGUGCUAUAUGGAUUCUGUCGACUGGUCUCUCAUUAUGGAUGCUGAUUUUAACAACUUCAUUACUGAGAAUAAACCGUCCAAGGAGUGUGGAGAUGUUUGCCCCGGAAUCGUGGAGGACAACCCUCAGUGCAUCAAGACGAACUUCAACGGAAAUUCUAAUUACAGAUGCUGGACCUCCAACCAUUGUCAGAAAGUUUGCCCAGAGGUUUGCGGUCACCGGGCUUGCACUGACUCGGGUGCGUGCUGUCACCCCCAAUGUUUGGGUACCUGCACCGAGGCCGACAACGACCGGGCGUGUGCUGCCUGCCAGCACUAUUAUUACGAGGGUUGCUGCGUUGAGGACUGCCCACACGACACCUUCAAGUUUGAGGGCUGGCGUUGCAUCACCAUGGAACUGUGCUCCAGGGUCCACCUGCCCGAUUACGAUGGAUUCGUAAUCCACAGGGGAGAGUGCAUGGCCGACUGCCCACCCGGCUUCAUGCGUGACGAGAACCUGAGCAUGCACUGCAAGGCCUGUGAGGGUCCAUGUGACAAGGUCUGUGAAGAAAAGAUCAUCGACUCGGUGGAUACGGCUCAAUUCUUGAAGGACUGCACCUAUAUCAAAGGCAACCUGUAUAUCAACAUCCGGCGUGGCCGUAAUAUAGCCUCAGAGUUGGAGAAGUACCUCGGCCUCAUCAAGACCGUGACGGGAUACGUAAAGAUUCGUUCCUCUCACGCCCUGACCUCUCUUAACUUCCUCAAGAGCCUGAGAAACAUUUACGGAGAGGAACUCUGGGAAGACAUGUAUGCCUUCGUUGCGUUGGAUAAUCAACAUCUUCAGUCUCUGUGGGACUGGUCCCAGCACAACCUCACCAUAUCUGCCGGAAAACUGAACUUCCGCCUCAACCCAAAACUCUGCGUUUCUGAGAUCCGCAAAAUGUGGAUCAAAACGGGAAUUAGGGAGAAGUUUACAGAAGAAGACUUCAGCAAUAAUGGAGACCAUGCAAGCUGUGGAAGUAAGACUCUGAAGCUCUUGUCUAACAGUAUGGAAAGUGAUCAAAUCACCUUGACCUGGGAGCGGUAUCGGGCACCAGAUUCCAAAGACAUCGUCAGUUUUGUCGUGUACUACAAAGAAGCGCCUUUCCAGAAUAUUACAGAGUUUGAUGGUCAGGAUGGCUGCGGCGGAUCUGACAACUGGAACAUUAUUGAUGUGGAUUUACCAGAGAAUGAAACCCAGAAUCCAGGAGUUGUACUGUCCUCCCUCAAGCCCUGGACUCUGUAUGCCAUCUUUGUUAAAGCUAUAAUGUUAAGCGUGGAAAAUAAAUACAGGCAGUAUCUCAGUGCGAAGAGCGAUGUGAAGUACAUCCGGACUAAAGCAUCAGCCCCCUCGAUGCCUUUAGACGUCCGAGCUUACGCUAAUUCCUCAUCAAAGCUGGUGGUCCAGUGGUCUCCACCCGCAUCCUUCAAUGGAAACAACACUUUUUACCUUCUGCGCUGGAAACAGCAAGUGGAGGAUCGUGAGCUCUACCAGCUCAACUAUUGCUCUAAAGAUCUGAAGAUACCGCUAAGGAUUUCAGCCACAAGUAUGACAGAUACAGAGGACAUGAAAUCCACCAAUUCCGAAACAGAGGGACGGGACAAAGAACCCUGUUGUCCUUGCCCUAAAACGGAGGAGGAAAUGAGAAUCCUCAAAGAACUGAUCUACUUCCGCAAAGUCUUCGAGAAUUUCCUCCAUAAUACCAUAUUCACACCCAGGCCUCAUGACAGACGACGACGAGAACUGUUUGGAGUCGCCAACUCAACCCUUCCCCACACCUUGACACCCGGAAACUGGAACCUGUCGGUGGGAAACUUCUCGGACGACGUGCCACCCAGACGUGAAUUCCUCUUUCACGAGAGGAAAGUGAGAGAGAGGACCACAGAAAUCGGCGGCCUACAGCCGUUCACUAUUUACCGCAUCGACCUGCAUGCGUGCAACGACGAGGUUCGACACUGCAGUGCCGGCACCUUCGUCUUCUCCCGCACCCAACCGGCAGAAAAAGCUGACGACAUUCCCGGCUCCGUGACUUGGGAAGGUCUGUACGAUUCUGUGUUUUUGAAAUGGCCCGAGCCGAAGAAACCCAACGGCUUGAUUUUGCUGUAUGAGAUUCAUUACCGCUUGGGAACUGAGCCCGAGAAGCACGAGUGUGUAUCCCGGCACCACUAUAUGGAGCACAAAGGAUUUAAACUCUCCAAUCUGGGAGCUGGGAAUUAUUCGGCUCGGGUGCGAGCGACUUCGCUGGCUGGUAACGGAUCCUGGACGGAACCUAUAGCUUUCUAUGUGCUUCAGGUCAAACAAUCGGGUUAUGAGCAAAUUCUUUAUUUCAUGAUCAUCCCCAUUGUCCUGAUCUUGGCCGUUUUCACUGGAGUGGCUUUCAUCCUGGUCAAUAAGAAACGAAACAGUGACAGGCUUGGAAAUGGUGUCCUGUAUGCUUCGGUUAAUCCAGAAUAUUUCAGUGCUGCAGAGAUGUAUGUUCCAGAUGAAUGGGAAGUCGAGAGAGAGAAAAUCACCCUGUGCAGGGAGCUCGGUCAAGGCUCUUUCGGGAUGGUGUACGAGGGCAUCGCCAAAGGCGUCGUCAAAGGCGAGUCGGAAACCAGGGUGGCCAUCAAAACUGUGAAUGAAUCGGCGAGCAUGAACGAACGAAUCGAGUUCCUCAAUGAAGCGUCUGUCAUGAAGGAGUUCAACUGUCACCAUGUGGUUCGUCUUCUGGGCGUGGUCUCGCAGGGUCAGCCCACCCUGGUGAUCAUGGAGCUGAUGACACGUGGCGAUCUGAAGAGUUAUCUACGUUCCCUACGCUCCACAGAGAACCCCUCCAGUCUGCCUCUGCCACCGCUGUCGAAGCUGAUUCAGAUGGCAGGAGAGAUCGCAGAUGGCAUGUCGUACCUCAAUUCCAAUAAGUUUGUUCACAGAGACCUGGCAGCCAGGAACUGUAUGGUGGCCGAGGAUUUUACAGUCAAAAUUGGUGAUUUUGGCAUGACACGGGACAUUUAUGAGACCGAUUACUAUAGAAAAGGAGGAAAGGGACUGCUGCCGGUACGAUGGAUGUCUCCAGAGUCCCUCAAAGACGGAGUCUUCACCACCAUGUCAGAUGUGUGGUCUUUUGGGGUGGUGUUGUGGGAAAUAGCCACCCUUGCGGAGCAGCCCUAUCAAGGCAUGUCCAAUGAGCAGGUACUGCGGUUUGUCAUGGAGGGAGGACUGCUGGACAAACCAGACAACUGUCCUGAUAUGGUGUUUGAGUUAAUGCGCAUGUGUUGGCAGUACAACCCCAAAAUGCGCCCGUCCUUCCUGGAGAUCAUCAGCAGCAUCAUGGACGACCUGGAUACGGCCUUCAAAGAGACCAGCUUCUUCCACAGCGAGGAGAACAAACCCCCCGACACCGAAGAGCUGGACCUGGAGAAUGUGAAAGCCAUGGAGAAUGUUCCUCUGGAGCCGUCCUCCAGCCUCCAACCCCACACCUCCUCCCUGUCCUCUUCUCAUCAGUGUACGCCCGGACCCCAGGGCUCGGCCGGCCCGUCAUCUCCUCAUUCCUCCCCCUGUUCCGCGGACAAGUACCCGCCCGUGGCAAACGGACCCUCUAUGGUUCUCCGGAGCCCGUUUGAUGAGACUGAGCCUUACGCUCACAUGAACGGAUGCCGCAAGAACGAGCGUGCCUUGCCCCAGUCGUCGGCCUGCUGAUCGGCGGCCCGUUUCCUUAAGGUCACGUUUUUUUGACUGACCCAUGGACAUGUUUCUUUGACUGUCAAGCCACUGUGUGGUCUCGGGAGAAAUAUAUUUAAAAAUAAUACAGAGAGACAAAAAGAGAAAAUGAUAUAAGAGGUCUGAUCAAUCGAUUUUCAAUCACCUUAACAUGCAAUGUUUGGAUUUCUUUGCUCUUUUGUGUAUUUCUAUUGAAUUGAUUGACAUAAACUGCUUUGUUAUUGCUGCAGAUGGACUGAAUCACUGACUGAGAAACCAUAAACCUGAUAGUCUGACUGUGUUAGUAAUGUUUUACUUUUCUUUACUUCUAAACUGGUUUGAAGGUCUAUCAAUUCAGUAGUGGUACAGUGAGAUUAUUUAAACACACUCUGCAUAUCUUUAUAGCGACAGAAAAUCACUUGGUCUUGUCUUUGAGUUUCCAAAGACAUGCGUAGAGAUGAUAUAGUUUAUAGCACAGAUGAGAGAAACUUGAGUUCCUUUUCCUCCCAUAUUAAACACAUUGGGAUGCCCACUCCACCCCCGAACACCUACUGAAUUUUAGGUACGUUUCCAAAAUCACAUCACACAAAUUCUCAAACCUCCCAAACGAAUUUUCCUUUUUUAUUUUGCCAAAUUCUACACUGUUGUUUCCCAUUUCUUCAACACAAUCUCACUCAGAUUUUGAGAUUUUAUGGAGCAUCAACUUCUAAAAAGACUCUAACACUGCUGUAUAUCUUCAAACCUUCAUCUUUUUUAUCUUUCUCUUAGAAACGAUUUGGGUUUUUGAUUUCAUUCUGACAUCAAACAAAAGGUGUCGCGAAUCAAUGCAAAUCAACAUGGCACCCAAAAUGUUGCAACAUAAAUUUUGAAGAAGUGAGGCUUAAAAGAAAGUAUUUCUCGAGUUUUUCGGUGGUUAAAUGUGGCACUGUGGAGGAGAUGUGUGUUUGUGUAUAAUCUCUUAUCUGAUCUUUCAGCUGGAUGUUGAACCUCAGAGCGUGUACAUUGACUGUCACUUUUGUAAAUUUUUACACUUCAGAGGAUCAUCUGUAUGUCUGUGCUGAAAAAAUCUGCUAAGCUGCUAUUUUACUCUUUAUUUUUCUUUUGUGGUUUAUAAAUAUUAUAUAAAUAUAAGAGGAGGUUCUUCAGGUGUAAUCUUUUGCAUCUUUCCACUACGGUCCAUUUCAUGAUGCUUAUAGUUCUGCUAUAGAAGUAAAGAGAUGUGAGGUACAGAAAUUCAGUUCUGCCAUGUAAAGUUGUUUAUUGCCUUCUGUUUAUAAUAAGAGUUUUCUAAAGUUCAUACUUUUGUCAGAAAACCUGCGAGUCAUCAUGUUUGUGGUUUUAUGUCAUUAAUGUUGGUAUCUGUUGAUGGAGAUGCUUUUCUAUGUCCAGCAUCCAGAAUGAUGGCAAACGUGAGUCUCUGAACAUCUCGACACAGAGUCUGUCAUCACAUUUAUGAGUAACAGAUAUUCUCAGGUCAAACUCCUCAAAGCUCUGAGAGCGCCGCAGUGUUUUCCAGUCUCAUCGUUCAUUCCUCUGUUUUAUUCACACAAGCCGAGGAGACUGAAAAAAACUGCUUUCAUUUCAAUUCUUAAAUCGAAACUCAUGUCAUGCAUUUCAUUUGACUGAUCCUGUCACUGUUUUCAGAUGUUACAAACUCGAGUCUAUUUUCUUCCAAACAGAGUCUGAAACACAGAUAUGAUUCAGUGUCUCAAUGCAGAACUUGUGUUUGUAUCAUAGAUCGUUUAUUUAAUACAUUUAAAAUACAGGUUUGACUACGAGCGCCAGUUUUGGGGAUUUUUUGGGAAGAAAUCUUUUAGGGAAAACCUUUUUCUUACCUCCAUUCUGACUUUAUUUCCAUUAUUUAUUUAAUUGUGUGAUAUGUUUAGAAUCACUGUAAUCUCAUCCGAUUAAAUGCAACAUUUGACAUAUUUUAUGUGGUUUUUUGACAACUUUGGGGACUUUUCAUUUUCCUUCAAACAUUUAUCUACCUCACUCUUUUUUAUGUACAUGUAUAUAAAGUACAUCUUAUCUUUUCAUGAGAAGGACAAUAUUCGCGAUCUCUGUGUCUGAGAAAACCUCACAAACGCUACAAACCACAAUCUUGGAGUGAACAAAUUCUGGACAAUUUUUACAACUAGCUGCUUUCUUUCCUAUCAGAUCUCGCUUAAAUUUGUUUAUUUAUUUGUGAGAUUAAACAUAAAAGUACAGUUCUCCAAAUGUGAUGGAUUGUCGUUAUUUUGUUCAUCUUGUAAGUUGGACAGCUGGAGGGAAUGUCAAUAUUCUGACUUCUGAUUUGUGUUGUUUUGUAUUUUGUUCUCUCUCUCUUUGUUUCUCCAUUUCAUUGAUAUCUUUCUUUUUCAAUAUACAUGAUGAACAAUUAGGACAAUUAUUAGAACUAUUUGAAUGGCAUUGAAAUUACAUGAAGCAGUAAAUAUGGAAAUGAGGAAUGUUUGAAUUGGUUAAGAUCACCAGAUUUUGUGUGAGACUUUAUAUAACAUUGCAAACCGUUUUCUUCAGUUAUCUAGAUAUCAAGACAGAAAUGCCUAUUGUAAAAAAUCCUUUAUUUUUCAAAGAUCGUCCAAGACCACACUAGACACCAACCUGAUGCUCCUAUGAUCAUUUAAAUGAUGGUUGAUUUCUGGAUGACGGAUCUAUUGUUGUCUAUGAGCUGAUAUUGUCAGGACUGAAGGUUCAGAGUGAACAUCAUGGGGACAGGAGGUGAUGUGUCCUCACAAGUGACUCUCAUCCUGCUGCUGAUGAUUAUACUGCUCCAUAUCAUCUCAUGACAUUCAUUUGUGAAGUCAAGACAUUACAGUUUACUCCACGAGUACAGAAGAUCAUAGAAGAGAACAUAGAAGGUGUUCAUGAUCGCAAUCUGGUGCUAAUGAACAUUUAAUGAUGGCUUUGUGUUAUUCCUUGUUUUUACUUCACCUGUUUAUGCCGAUAGAAAAACGUUGGGUUGUUCAGUUAAACAGUUGAGACGAGUUCAAGAGAUUUUGAACUUUGAUAUAAAAAGAAUGCAGAAUAGUAGGGAGAAUCAGGAAUUGAGAACAAUUUGUGGUUCAUGUCUGCUUUUCUGAUUAAAAAGACACUUAUUUCUUA